CCCGCAGAGACAGACGGUCGGUCCUUCUGUAGCUCAUCAUCAGCUGAUCGAUCUGCGUCGCAGUCAGGUAUAGAUUAUCGAUCGGCGCAGCUGCACACAGAGACACAUCCGGGGACGUAGCGCUGCACCUCCCCCUCCUCCUCUCUCCAUCCUCCUCCUCCUCCUGCAUCCUCUCAUCAUCCUGCAGACAAACACGGGCAGUGAUGUCAGUGUCUCCCGCCCUCGCCGACCUCUCCCGACUCUAUCAGACGGAGUUCGUGCGAAGUGCCCGGGCGGUCGGCGUCCUCUGGGCCGUCUGCACGCUGUGCUUCGCCAUCAUCCAAGUGGUCGUCCUGGUGCAGCCGUCCUGGAUCGGCACCGCAGACACCCGCCACCAGGGGGCGGGGCCUGUCCCGCCUAGCGGCACCCUGGGGCUGUUUGAGGUGUGUGUGGAGUCGGACUGGCCCGUCCCAGACUGUCGUGGCGGUCUGUCCACGCUGUCCCCUCUGCCGUCCUUCCAGUCGGUGGCGGUGUUGGUGGGAGUGUCUCUGUGGGCUGUGUGGACCAGCGUCCUCUGUCUCUGUCUCUUCAGGUUCUGCAGUGCCACCACUGUCUACAAGAUCUGCGCCUGGCUGCAGCUCACCGCAGGUUUCUGCCUGGCGUUGGCUUGUCUUCUGUUUCCAGACUCGUGGGAGAGUCCAGAGAUGAGAGCUCUGUGUGGAGACUCUGUGGGCAGCUUCUCUCCAGGUAACUGUUCGGUACACUGGGCCUACAUCCUCGCCAUCCUGGGCAUUCUGGAUGCCGCCAUCUUGGCCACACUGGCCUUCGUCCUCGCCAACAGACAGGACGCCCUGCUGCCGCCGGACGCCAAGGACGUGACCACAGGUCUGCUGAUGUCAGCGUAGAGUCACCAGGGUCGGCGGCUCUUCCUCCUGAUCUCUCCAUCAUCAUCAUCAUCUCCAUCAUCGUCAGCUGCUUUCAGUCAGAGUCCGGCGCCGUGUGAGGCGCGUGUGUGCAGAGAGGUUGGCCAUCUUUGACAGCAAGCUACGGCAACACCGCGUGGUCAAACCCCACGGUUACCGUGGCAACAGGAGGCCACAAAGAGAUGCAGAUGUCACACAGACUCAUUUUCAUCACGUUUGGUUUGGUAUAAACAGAGAAAGUUAAACGUGACAAUGGUGACAUGAAGGAGUUAAAUUCAGUCAGAGCAAAUCACAUCGUCUCCAUGGCAACAGAGUUUAACCCCAAACACUGUUUCACACUCUGAUAACGACCGUGUUUAUCUGAGGGUUAACUUUCCACGAGACGUCAAACUGCAGUUAACAGCUGAAAUCAUCAGCCGGCUUUUAAUCUCUGUGACGUCAGACUGUGUAUUUAACCCUUUGAGACCUGGGCAGGUUGGUUUCGUUUUAUUCAAAAAGCAACAAAAGAAGAAAUGAGCCACAGGUCAUCGGGAUAUCUGUGAAAAGGACAAACAAAAUAUAUACUAAAAAGAAAUUAAGAAAGAAAGUAAAACAAAAAUAUAAAGCAAGAAGCAAUAAUAAUUAUACAUUUUAUUUAAAGAGUGCUUUUCACAAUAUUCAAAGAUGCUUAACAAAGAAAACAAAAGUCAAUUAAAGUCAAUAAAACAUGCUCGAAAAUGAUAAUAAUUCUGUAAAAUAAUUUCAAAUAGAUAAUUAUGAAUAUAGUUCAAUGGACUUUUUUGCUUUGCUUUUGUAAAUAGUCUCAUAUGUCCACUAAUCUGCGGUUACCGCCUCUCGUUUACUCCACAGUAUAAUCACGUCUUCGUCUUUGGUGUUUGUGGUUUCAGUAAAAUAAAGUGAUGAUGAAUUAUCUCACCGAGCUGACGAUGUGAGUCCAUCGCCAUAAAAGUUUAAACAUAUAAACAUCUCAGCAGCUAACUAAUGUUAUCUCCAGCAGGUCGUCAACAAUUCAUCAUUUAUUCAUCCAAACAACUUGUACAGAAAUACUGCAUGGUAACCAUGGUAACCAGAGCCGGUCUCUAAUAGAGUGGUGGAGGGUUGACGUAUUUUUGUAGGCCAACCGGGAAGUAAGCACGCUAAAACACGAUCGAAAAAUAUUAUAAACAGAUAAAUGUACAAGUCUGAGUGCGACUCUGUGGCGCUGUGAAAGCGUAAGAGUGUGUUUACUGAGUUUCUGUCCGCUGUGAGGACGUCCGACGUCCCUGACAAACACUGUCGUCCCAUUUAGCCACUUGUUAGUAACUGCCUUUUUUAAGACGAGUAAAACCUUAAAAGUUCAAAAAUCGG